UAUUGUAAGUGUUUUUAUCAUUCAAAGAAAAUUGAUUAUAAUGUUCGUCUCAUCGUUUUCAGAGAAAGAAAAGAAUUGUACAUCAUCAAUUUUUUAUUUUUGUCUGUGCCUAUCUCAUGGGUAUAACGCUUCGAAGAGGCGAAUCUAUUUGCAACUUAAUAUAAUUGCGUGCGUAAAGUGUGAAUACGUUCGUCGUAACAGGGAAAUUUGCAACACUUUUCUCCCCUCGCUGAGGGAAGCAAUAGAAUUUUGUCGCGUAAGAUAAUAGCAGAGGGGACGCUUGCGAAGUAUUUUGCUUUUCUUUGUAUAUAAAAAAUAUUCUGUCAGUCGUCGUCGAAUCCCCGGAAUAAAUGGAGUUCUCUGUGGAUCAACAAUAUAGACUGAAUCGUCUAGUGCUGUCUAUAUAUGGAUUAUGGCCUUAUCACAACCGAACAACGGACGCUCGAAUUAAGCGCGUAAUCGCAAUUUUGUUAAUGUUUUACAUUACAUUCAUUCAGGUAACUAAGAUCUGCAUGACAGAAUUAACGGCAAAUUUUAUACUUGAUGUUUUGCCUAUUCUUAUUCCUAGUGCUGGUGUGAUAAUACAAAUUAUAAAUCGUAUAAUAAUCAAUGACGAAUUGAGGAAUUUAUUUGAUCAAAUUAAAAUUGACUGGGAAUCUGUAAGAUCACAACAUGAAAUUGAAAUUAUGCAAAGAAGCGUCAAGAAUGCGCUACUAACGACGAAAGUGGUUUUGCUUGACAUGUUCAUAGGCAUGACUCUGUACAUGCUUACCACAUUCAGCCCUCAAAUUCUCGAUGUACUUCUGCCGCUGAACGAAUCACGCCCGUGGGAGCAUCCUUUCCAUGUCGAAUUUUUCUUUCUUGAUAAUGAAAGAGAUCUUUACAUUAUUCGAUUUAUACUGUAUUUCGGCGCCGUGUUUGGAUUAGGAGUGAUUCUUGCCAACGGGUCCAUAUUCGUCAUUUACACGCAGCACGCCACUGGAAUGUUUACCAUACUGGGACAUCGUGCAAAACAGACAUUCAGCGAUGAACAGUUGCCCAACAGCCAAUUCAUUCAUGAAAAAGAUUAUAAAAGUAUUGCUCUCUUUGUCGAGGAUCAUCGCAGCAUUUUACAGUUUGUGGACAUGGUUCGAUCAUGUUACGGUUCGAGCCUUUUUCUUGAGUUUUUCAGUUUAAUGAUCCUGUUAGGCACCACAAUGGUACAAAUAAUUAAAUUUUCCGGAAUGUCGGACCGGCCAAUGAGAUCAGCAGCUUACGUCACUGGACAAAUAAUGUACAUGUUUAUGUAUAGCUACAUGGGCCAGCAAUUAAUUGACAAGAGCUCACAGCUGUCCAUGAAGAUAUAUUCUGUAAGAUGGCAAAGUAUAGCUGUAUGCAAGCAAAAGAUGAUGUUAUUUGUUAUGUUAAAAUGUAUGCAUACAAUUACUAUUAACGCGUACAACAUUUUCUAUCUGAGCUUAGAAAGUUUUUCAUCGAUCGUACAGUCUGCCAUGUCGGUUUGUAUGCUGCUGAGACAAGUGUGAGGCUGUUCAUGAACGAUUUGAAAAAUAGUAUUUGUGUAUAAUUAGUGUGUGAAAUUAUCGUGCAAUACAUUUUUCAUGUUUUGCGCCUCAGG